CCGGCGCGCUGUAGGCGGCGCACCGGGGCCGCGCCGGGCCCCUUCAGCGGGUGCACCGCGCCCAGAGGUUGCCUGAAGGGCUGCGGGCGAGAUGGCGGCGCUGGGCUGUCUUCGCCUCCCUGGGCGCGGCGUGCUGGCCUGGCGGCCCGGUGCCGUGACGUCCGUUCCCACGCAGCUGCUCCAUCAGACGCCGGUGGCUGACCACGCUGACAGCUCUGUCCAAGUCCCGCAAAAGAGCUCGGCUGUUGUCCAGAAAAAAUCCUACGUCCCUGCUAGCAAGGGCGAGUAUGUUGUCACCAAACUCGAUGACCUGAUCAACUGGGCGCGAAGGAGCUCCUUAUGGCCGAUGACGUUCGGCCUGGCGUGCUGCGCCGUGGAGAUGAUGCACAUGGCGGCUCCUCGCUACGACAUGGACCGCUUCGGGGUGGUGUUUCGAGCCAGUCCCCGGCAAGCUGAUGUCAUGAUUGUGGCCGGCACCCUGACGAACAAAAUGGCUCCGGCUCUUCGGAAGGUCUACGACCAGAUGCCGGAGCCUCGCUAUGUCGUCUCCAUGGGGAGCUGUGCCAACGGCGGGGGUUACUACCACUACUCCUACUCGGUGGUGAGGGGCUGCGACCGCAUCGUGCCGGUGGACAUCUACGUGCCAGGUUGCCCGCCUACUGCUGAAGCUUUGCUGUAUGGAAUCCUGCAGCUUCAGAAGAAAAUCAAACGGGAGAAGAAGAUUCAGAUCUGGUACAGGAAAUAACCUCUUAUUUAUGGCCUGCCCACUUACUGCCCACCUGGGGCACCUGCUUGCAUUCGUACGCACAAUAAACCUGGAUUCUCACGAGCCUUCCAAUAAAACUCUACCUGGUUAA